UCGCAACUCAAAAAUUCCCAUGUGUCUACACUCUAUGGAAAGGGAACGAUCCCGAAUCCCACCUCGCAACAGGGCCUCGCAUGGCAAGCGGCAUGAGAAUCAGCAAUCGAGGACACCUUCUACGGGUCGCCAUUGGACAAGUCGCUCACUCUCGCCGCCACAUCCAUUGCUCCACCGUGUAACACCACCCGCCAACGGAUAGAUGACAUGCAACACGCCGAUGGCUGAGG